AUGUCCAGCUUAACGCUUGCACUCCGUCAGUCGAUCGGUUCGAGAGUGAUGCGACUUCUCCGCUCAGCACCACCAGUCCCUACCAGUGCAAUGUUUGCUCUUGCCUCGAUUGCAUCUUGCUCUACUCGACCAUGUAUCUGGCAUCCAGCAACACGCUCGUUCUCGUAUCUCAACCGUCUAAGACAAGAAUCAGCCCGGAAUGCCGAAGAAGAAGUCGCCCACCAACAGGCAUCUGAGCGCAAGCGACUGGCAGACCGGGUGGCUCGCUUCCGAGAGCGUUACGCGAAUGAUCCUGCGUUUCGUCAGAAAAUGAUUGACAAUGGGAGGAAGCGUUACAGACAACCCGAGAGGAGAAUCAAGGCUAAUGCAUGUUACCGCGCGAAAUACCAAGCGAACCGCGAGUAUUAUGUCAAGGCUCACGAGCGAGCCUGGGCAGAGGAUCUUAGUCGCAGGCGUACGUCUUACUUAGUUACCCUUAUUGCCCGAGGGGCGGCAGAGCGCGCUACAUGGAGGACACACGCGCCAAUCGCAUAUACAGAACGGGUCGAGCAUUACUGCACCGGCUGUAAUCGCAUCCGCUUCUUGAGAAGAUGGUGGAAAGAAAAAUCAGAGGCAUUAGGAAAGGCAGAACAGCCGGAUUCUGAUCGCUACAUGUGCAAUCACUGUUUUGCCAAUGACUGGCCACGCGUAGUGCCAGAAACAUACGAAGGGAGGCUGCCUGGUAUAUUCAAAUCGCCCGAACUUCCACUUACUACAGCUCAUCAAAAGAACGCUCAACAGGCAAUGGUGACGAGAACAACACACCCCAGAAGAAGUACUAGCGGUCCGGACUAUACCAUGAACAGUGUCCAAAGCUCUUACGCUCUGUCACAAACGCUUCACUGUAGCUGA